AUGAAGUUCUCACUCGCCCUCCUCGCCACUGCUGCCCUCACGGCCACAGGCGCCCUUGCCCUGCCCCACGGCAACACGGGCAUGGCCACGAUGGAGGACAGCCCCGACAGCGCCACUCAGACUUCUUCCCAAGAGUCGUCAUCCUCGCCUUCCUCCAAGCCCAGCAGUAGUAGCAGCAACACAAGCAGCAGCCCCAGCCCGAGCAAGGCGCCGGCCAGUCAGACUGAAACCGAUACCGACUUUGUAAGAAGAUCCUUCCCCUCAUUGCCCUCCCUCACAGUGAUCAAUUUUCCACCUGGGUUCAACCGUGGAGAUUUGAUUGAGCCUUGAGGCACUUAUCCAUGCAUAUCCAUUUAUGUUUUCAUCUCGAUUCAAUACGCCACCCCCCACCCCCCACUCUCAAUGCAAAUAGCUAACCGUGACUU